CGGUCGUUGGCCUCAUUCGAGUCGUUGCCCCGGCCUUAGGCGGACGUGGAGCACCUUGUGCCCCGUUUCCUUGUCCCGGUUUUUCCCUUCGCACGCCGGCAGGAUGGCCCACAAGCAGAUCUACUACUCAGACAAGUACUUCGACGAGCACUACGAGUACCGGCAUGUCAUGUUACCCAGAGAACUUUCUAAACAAGUACCCAAAACUCAUCUGAUGUCCGAAGAGGAGUGGAGGAGACUUGGUGUUCAACAGAGUCUAGGAUGGGUUCAUUACAUGAUCCAUGAGCCAGAACCGCAUAUUCUUCUCUUUAGACGGCCUCUUCCAAAAGAACAACAAAAAUGAAGUACAGCUGGGAUCAUCUAAUAAUCUUUUUCAAAUUUAAUGUAUAUGUGUAUAUAAGGUAGUAUUCAGUGAAUACUUGAAAAAUGUACAAAUCUUUCAUCCAUACCUGUGCAUGAGCUGUAUUCUUCACAGCAACAGAGCUCGGUUAAAUGCAACUGCAAGUAGGGUUAUUUUAAGUUGUUAAAGAUAAAUUUUCUUGUAGUUUUUUCUUAAUAUAAAUGCCUGUUUUACUUUACCUGUUUUGUUAAAUAAAGUUUGUAUAUUGCAUUUA